AUGGCUCAAGACCACCAUGGGCAGAGUCACGGCGACUCUCCCAAUAAUCCUCCAGCUUCUUCUAUUCAGACAUCGAACUCUCCUUCUUUAGCUCCUAUUGUCGCAUCUGUCACCGCUCCCAUAACUCACGCCGCGAGCACCAGAUCCGUCAACACAGCUUCAGCUCCUUCCGACACGACUCUCCCACCCAUCACCACGAUUGCCUCGGUGCCGUUCACAGCUGCGGACCGCCCGACCGCCUCGACGACCGCUACUGUUCCCACCUCCGCACCCGUUCCCGCAGAGCCCGAACUCCCCGCCGUCUCUGCUUCUGCGCCGACUUCUAAGCCAGCUUCAGCUCCUGCUGCCUCUACUGCUCUGCCCGCGGUCGCUCAACAGAACGGCGACAGCAGGGCUCCCGAGGCUGCCUCGACAACACCUGCGUCUAAUUCGGAAAUGUCUAACCAACAUCCGGGAAUGCCUCAUGGGCAGCAUGUUAGCUACCAGGGGUCUUCGACUCAUUAUGCGCCAUCGGUCGGUGUAACAACUGCUCAAUAUGGCUCUUAUCCUGCGGUGACGAGUCAACCAGCCGAGGCGUACCGACCCAAUCCCAUGCCUAUCGGUAGCAACAUGUCCCUGCCUAGUAUGAGGACAAUCGAGAACCCACAUGGACCUUCUGUGUCGAGUCCACAGGGCAUGCCGAUGAGCAUGCCCAUGGCCCAAGUGCCAGGCGGUGUACCAUAUUAUCAGCAUCAGGGUAUGCCCAUGGCUCCAGGCUACGGGCUUUCUGAUCCUAUGGCUCGUUACGCUAUCCCACAUGAUCCGCGGCUUAUGGGCCACAGGGGACCAAAGAAGGUGUGUAAAAAUGUUUACAAGAACAUCUUCGAACACAGUCCUAGCCAAUGGCAGGCAUGA